AGGAUCUCCAUAAGACAACUGACAGUCUAAGCGAACACAACGAUCUAAAAACUACAAGAAAAAGUUUCUGAUAACAUUUUUGUUCUCUACGUCUGUUGAACUUGACAUACAUCUGGUUCUGGACAUUGUUCUAUUUUUCUCAGUACUUUCGCCAGUAUCAAAGCUUUCCGUACAGGAGAGACACAAAGGAAAGUAUACAUAAAACAAUAACAAUGUCAUUCUGGCCCACAAUUGCCGCGUCGAAAGGGGCGAAAUUUUCCAAACUGAGUCCCGAGUGGACCCGCCCUGGAACCGAUCAGCAAGAAGUCGCAUCCGUCCACGCUGGGGACUCGGGACUGAAAUCUUCGUCAGUCGCUGUAAAAAUGAGCAGCGAUGACGAUCUCCUGAUGUCUAGCAGCGGGACGAAGCUGCUAUCCCGGACGACCAUAGAUAUACCCGAAGAUGACGAUGGAACGAGUGAGGACACGGGCCGUCAGCAGUGGUCUCACCCGGUGGAGUUCCUCAUGUCAUGUGUGUCCCUCUCGGUGGGUCUCGGGAACAUCUGGAGGUUCCCCAUGACUGCCUAUGAGAACGGCGGCGGGGCUUUCCUCAUUCCAUACCUCGUCGUUCUUACGUUCAUUGGCAGGCCUCUUUACUUCAUGGAACUGGCGGUGGGGCAGUUCUCCUCCUCCGGCAGCGUCAAAGUGUGGAAGAUGGUACCGGCCGUAAAAGGUGUCGGGUACGGGCAGAUGGUCGGAACAUGGUCGGUUGUGACAUAUUACUGCUCGCUCAUGGCCAUCACCUUGUUCUACCUGUUUCAGUCCUUCAGCUCUGAGCUCCCAUGGGCCUCCUGUGACCCGGCGUGGGCUGACGAAAACUGCGUCGAUGAUGCUAUCAAUGCCUCGUUAACUAGUGGCUUUCAGUCGUCGUCCGAACAAUAUUUCUACAAGUACGUGUUGAACUAUUCCAACGAUAUCAGCGAUGGCGUCGGGCUGCCUGACUGGCGGCUGGCGCUCUGCCUCGGCGCCGCCUGGGUCAUCCUGUUCUGCACGCUGGUGAAGGGCGUGCAGUCGUCGGGCAAAGUUGCAUAUUUUACGGCCCUUUUCCCCUACCUGGUGCUCUUCACCCUGCUCGUUCGAGGAGCAACGCUUCCUGGAGCCGCCAAGGGCAUCAUCUACUUCCUUAAGCCCGAGUGGAACAAACUGCUUGACCCUAAAGUGUGGUAUGCGGCAGUUACUCAGUCAUUCUUCAGCCUUUCAGUCGGCUUUGGCUCCAUCAUCACUUUCUCGUCGUAUAACAACUUUAAUCACAACGUCUACAGAGAUGCUUGGAUUAUCAGUAUGAUUGAUACCUUUACUUCCGUGCUCGCUGGGGUCACCAUCUUCAGCAUCUUGGGUCACUCUGCACACCACCUUGGGGUUGAUAUCAAGGAGGUCGUAAGGGGCGGCGCAGGACUCGCCUUCAUCUCCUACCCGGAUGCCCUGGCCAAGUUCACGUGGGCUCCGCAGCUGUUUGCAGUCUUGUUCUUCCUGAUGCUCCUGACUCUAGGUGUUGGCUCAGCCGCUGCUCUCACUAGCAACGUCAUUACAAUUGUGUGCGACCAGUUCCCCAAAUGGAAGAAAGCUUACAUCACUCUCGCGGUGUGUCUUGCUGGGUUCUUCAUCGGCCUCGUCUACAUCACUCCUGGUGGCCAGUGGAUUCUGGAGCUCGUCGACUACUUUGGUGGCGGUUUUAUAAUCUACGUCUUGGUUAUCAUCGAGACUAUUGCCAUCAUGUACUGCUACGGACUGAAAGACUUCGUCCGCGAUGUGAAGUUCAUGCUGGACCUGGAGUUGGGCAUCUACUGGAAGUUCUGCUGGUUCGUCUUUAUUCCGAUGUCCCUGAGCGGCAUCCUGGUGUAUGUGCUGUGCAGUAUGGAACUUCCCACAAUGGACGGACUUUCCUAUCCUCUCUCUGCUUAUGCAUCUGGAUGGAUCUUGGCAGCUGUGGCUCUUCUGAUGGUGCCUGUCGGGUUCCUUCACGCUCUCUAUAUUGCCGAUGAAGAAACUCUACUACAGAGGGUGAAGUCCGUGUUUCGACCUAAGUCUUCAUGGGGACCCAAGGCAGCCCACCACAGAAAGGGGUGGUUGGCCGUCUGCGCAGAUGACCAGUGACAAGGUCUCGCGUCAGAGGAACAUGGAUUACAAUUGGGAGGACCUGGGGUUCUGUGAUCUCAGUCCAGCGGGAAACGACGUCAGAGGAUCGCGUCACAUCACAUCGCGUGAUCAGAGUUACGUUCAAGAGGGUCCUGGGGUUGCAUGACCUCUUCCAACAGGAGAUGGGAUGGCUCAAGGCGCGAUGCAGCUUAUCAUAUGUUUAAGCAUGCUCUCUUGCACUGUUUAUACAUGCUCCCUCGCGCUGUUUUAUGCAGGCUCCUUUGUACUCUCACUAGUGACGAGACUCGCCACUGACGAACGAGACCGGAUGAGGCACUAG